AUGAAUUAAAAUAGUUUACUCUAAAAUAAUUUCACUUUAAAAUGCUUAAAUCACUAGAAUAUCUAAGCCAAAUAUUUUUGUAAAUUACCUUAAUGUCAAUAACAUAGAAUAUUUUGUUAGCAAUGUAUAAAUGAUUUUCAUUAACAACAUCCUGAUUAAAUAAAUCAAAUAUCAUAAUUAUUCCUAUUACUUGAUGAAAAGUCUUAACAAGCAGAAAAAUUCUUAUAAUAAUAUUUCAAUUAAUUUAAAAGUCUUUAAGAACAUUUUAAUGUCACAAUAAAAGGAUUACGAUAUAUAUUUGGUGGAUUCUCAAAUGAUUUAUUAGAUUUAGAUUAAAAUCAAAUUAUUUAGUUUCUUGAUUAAUUAAUCACUUUUGAUGAGAUAAAUUAAUUAUAUAGAAAUUAAGUUGAGAACAAAUUACUUAAAGUCUUAGAUAUAUUGAAUUAAAUAUUUUAAAAGUUACCAUUAUAAGAUAUAGCUUAUAGGAUGCCUUAAUAAUUAGCAUUAUAAUAAUAAAAAUACUAAAAUUUUGGUUAAAAUAAUAAUAUAUUAUUAGGUUUGCAUUUAAAAGAAUAAGGUCUUUAUAAUGAGGCUAUUACCUAAUUUGAUAGAAUUCUUGAAAUAAGUCCAUAUAAUAUAAAGAUAAUGUUUGAAAAAGGUAAUAUAUAAUAUAUAUAUAUAAAUAAAAUAGGGGAGUGUUUAAUGAAAUAGAAUUAAGAAUAUGAAGCAUAUCUUAAAUUUAAAGAAAUCAUAUUCUUAGAUCCAAAACAUGAAUAAGCUUUAUGCAGAAUAGGUAAAUAGUAUUUGAUAUUUAAGGUAAUUACCUACUUAAUUGCACUAAAUAUGAUGAGGCAAAAGAGUAUUUUGCAAAAUGUCUAUGUAUAAACUAAAAUAAUUAUGAGGCUCUAUUAGGUUUUGGUAAUGUUGAUCUAUAUUUUAAAGCUGAUACUUUAAGAAUACAGAAUUAAUUUAUAUUAGCCAAUUAUAAUUAUGAAAAAGCGAUAAAUGUUAAUCCUUAGAAUUUUUAGGCGUUUUAUGGAAAUGGUAUAAUAUUAUAUUUAAAUAGGGGAAUGUUUAAGGAGUUUGAAUGAUUUUGAGAAUUCCUAGAAAAUGUUUAAGAAAGCUUUAAUGUUAAAUUAAAGUCAUUUUGAAUCAUUAUUCCGUUUAGGUAACAAUAAUUUUAUUAUAUAAGCGGAUUCCUUAAAAAUAAAUCAUUAAUAUUAGGAAGCUAUUACAUAUUUUGAUUAAGCUUUGCAAAUUAAACCUCAUCUUCCUGAAUUAUGGGAAGGAAAAGGUUAAUAAUAAUAAAUCAUUAAAAUUUAGCUACUUGUUUAAGAUAAUUAAAUGAUAAUGAAUAAGCAGUUGAUUGUUAUGAAAGAGCUUUAAAAUACGACCCUACUUCAUAUGAAGCCUUAAAAGGAAUGGGUUAAUUAUAUUAAUUAAUUUUAUAGGUUUAAGCUUACGUUAUUUAUUUAAAUGUGAUGAAUCAAUUGUAUUUUUUGAAAAAGCACUUGAAAUUAAACCAAAUAAUGAAUUUUCUUUGAAGGGGAAAGGUCAUACAUUUCUAUAUUAAUAGCUGAAUGCUUAAGAUUGUAGGGGAAAUGGGAAGAGGCAUUAAAAUAUUAUAAAAUGGUUUUAUAUUUUAACCCUGGAUAACAUAGGGCAUUAUUUUUUAAAAGUAUUAUUAAAAUUAUAGGUUAUCUUAAUAGCUUAACUUGAAUAAAUAAUAUCAACUUUAAAAUAACAUGAAAAAGAACUUGCUAUUAAUCCUAAAAGUGUAAAUUCUAUUUUUGGAAAAGGUUUCUAUUCUUAUUAAUUAUUUAGCUGAAUGUCUAAGAAUGUUAAAUGAUUAUGAUGGAGCAAUGUUAAUUUAUGUAGAUGUUUUAAAAAUUGAUCCAAAUCAUAUUAAUUCAUUGAUAGGAUAUGGUAAAAAUUAUAUAUAUUUUAGGAUUUUGUUUAGGACUCUAAAAUAAAUUUGAAUAGGCUAUGGAAUAAUAUGAUAAGGCUUUAAAUAUUAAUUAAUACUCAACAGAUGCAUUAUGGGGGAAAGGUUCACCUUUUAAAAAUUAUCAUAGGGGAAUGUUUAAGAAUGUUGAUGGAUUUUAAUAAUGCUUUAAUUUAUUAUGAAAAAGUUUUAAUGCUUUAUCCCAAUCAUUAUGUAUCAUUAAGUGGAAAAGGUAAGAAGAAGUUUAAAAUUUAGGUGAUUGCCUAAGGAUGCUUUAUCUAUAUUAAUAUGCUUUAGAAGUUUAUAAUUAAGCACUAUUCAUAUAAAAUAGUUAACCAAGUCUACUAUAUGGAAAAGGUAUAAAACAAUAGUAAAUUUAGCUAUUUGUCUAAUGGCUCAAAAUGAUUUUGAAACUGCAUCUGAAUUAUUAAAAUAGGCAAAAAAAAUUGCUCCUCCAAAUUUUUAUUUAGAUAAAGCAAUUAGUAAUAGUAAAUAUAAUUCAUUUAGGAUUUUGUUAAUUCAAAUAAAAACUUUUAGAAGUAUGUUUAUUAUUAAUCAUAAAUGAAGAUUCAAUCAAGAUUAAUUGA